AUGAGGGAGGUGUUCUUUGUCCUUAAUGAAGUCAGGCAGCUGCGUGAAAGCCGCAUGAAGGGGCCAGUCGACUACGACAGGCAGUGUGGAGUAAUUAACAACAAAGGGCUUCCGUCCUCUAGGUCCCUUGCUUGCGAAGCCCACACUAAAGGUGUCAAACGCGGAGUGGAAGGUCGAUCGCGCAAUUACGACGAGCUGUUGCUUGAAUGGUGGAUCCCAACUUUGUGGAGCCUGUGA